UUCUUGAUGAACACAAAAGCAAAGCCUAGUCUACUCUUAAGCCGCGCGGCCGUUGCAUGAAUCACACGCAUGACACAUGUUGCAUUUGAAGAGCUUGGGCUCAAGCACCAUGCAUGGCCCUCUCUCCAGAUCGAGCAAAGUCGUCAAUCUUGAACCCCUUUCUUAUGAAUCGAUAACGAGCCACAUCCACACACUCGAACACGCGUUUGCUAGUCAAAGAAUAACCCGCCGACCUAUAUACAACCAAGCGGUUCCAUCUUGUGAAUUGUGAUUUGUGAUAGUUUAAAUCAAGACAAGAGAGGUCAGAUCUCGAGGAAGCCUCUCCGUCUCCUCCUCUCCUCUUCGCUCCUCUCUCUCAAGAAGAGAAAAGUAGCUCUGCAAGAGAGAGAGAGAGAGAGAGAGAGAGAGAAUGUUGCUGAGGAGCUCGUCCACGCCAUUUCUGCACUCCUUCCUCUCCUCCUCUCCUUCGUCCCCUUCCCCUCUGCAGCUCCGCCGAGCCUUCUCCGACAGCCACCUCCCAUCCCUCCACCCGUCCAGGCCCAACGAGGGCAGAAGCAGCGGCGGCGGCGGCAGCAAAACCACCGGCGGCCUCCACACCGAACUCUCCUUCUCCAUCUACAACACAUUCAGCGAAGGCGCACCACUGGCGGCCCAGCAGCCUCACCAAGGUCAGCACGAACAGGAGCAGGAUCAGAGGACGACGGUGCAGCCGGAGCAGCCGGAGCUGCCGCUGUUCCUGGCGAGGGGCCUCGGGAUCGACCGCAUCGCCUCGGGCCUCUUCACCGCCGGCGCCGCCAAGCCCACAGCUGCCUCAUCAGCCAAGAUGGACGGCGUGGAGGAGCGGGUGCAGGACGAGAAGGUGGCCGCGCUGGACGCGCAGUACAAGAGCUUGGUGGACGAGCAGCCCGGCAACGCGCUGUUCCUGCGCAACUACGCGCAGUUCCUGCACGAGGCGAAGGGCGACCCGAGAAGGGCCGAGGAGUACUACUCGCGCGCCAUGCUCGCGGACCCCAGCGACGGCGAGACCAUGUCGCAGUACGCCAAGCUGGUCUGGGAGGUGCACCACGACCCGGAGAGAUCCCUCAGCUAUUUCCAAAAGUCGGUGCAGGCUGCCCCGCAGAACAGCCAUGUCCUCGCGGCGUACGCCAGCUUCUUGUGGGAACAGGACGACGAUGACUGCGGGGAAGGCGAGCAAGGCGGCACGGGUGGAGCGGCACCGGAGCGCGCUACGGGAACAGGGCAAGCGAGGGAGCUGGCCUCUGUGGCCGUCUGAUCCCGCCGGGACACUGCAGGCGUGCUAGCGAUGUGAUGGAACCUGCAAACAAGUUGAACGAAUCGGCGAAUAAAUAAUGCGGCGGUCCGAUAAGUUAAGCCAGCAUGUAAACUCUGAUGGUCUGAUGAACUACAGAUGCCAUAUGUUUUAAAUUUGUGCUGCCUUUAGACAGCAAAGAAUGGCACCUUCAUGGAAGGUCGCGGGCCUCUUCAUUCCUGCAAUAAGUCUGCAAAUA